CCUCUUAGUAUUUCUCCUUCUUCAACUCAUUCCCAACUGGUAUAACCAGGUUAGCAAGUCUCUCUUAAAAGGUGGCUGCUAAUCCAGCAUCCCUCUGACACUCUCCCUGCUUUCCCCAGGCUUCCCAGGAAGGAUGCAAUUGGGUCUUCCUCAUUAGUAACAUCAGCUAUAAAAGUCUCUGCAAAAAAGCAGAGGGCUGUCUGAAAGGGACAACAGCUCAUCCUGGUCUUGACUGGAAUCAGGAAACUGCGAGAGAAAAUUAAUUUGAGAGCAAGUAAAGAAGAGGAAACAGAAGAGAUUGUGAUUGCAGCUGAUCAGAGUAAAACAAGCAAAGGUGGCUGCAAUGCUAGGUCUUGCCUAUUCCAUAUCAUGCUCCUUCUUCAUCCUGUUUUCACUGGCCUCCAAUGCUGCCUCCAAAGAUGAUCCUGUAGUGCACACCAGCAGUGGCCCUGUCAAAGGCAAAUCUCUCGCAGUUGGCUCUGGCUCUGUGCAAGCUUAUCUUGGCAUUCCCUAUGCUGAACCACCCUUAGGGAAACUGCGAUUCCAGAAGCCUCUUCCACAUCAACCAUGGAAUCAAAUCCUCAAGGCCACCAACUUUGGAAAUGCCUGUCCUCAGUUACCUCUAACUCAAACCCCUGAGGCAAAAUUGUGGAAUCCUAAUAGGCCGCUGUCAGAAGAUUGUCUCUUUCUCAGCAUCUGGGUGCCCCGUCCGCAGCCCUCUGUACCUAUUCCUAUCCUUGUCUGGAUACAUGGAGGGGGCUUUGUUGCAGGUACAAGUUCCCUGGACUUGUACAAUGGGGCAUCUUUAGCUGUGACAGAGAAUGUCAUUGUGGCCUCCAUGAAUUACCGCAUUGGGUCUUUGGGUUUCCUUUACUUGCCACCAGCCGUCCCAGGAAACAUGGGUCUGUGGGAUCAACACCUGGCCCUGACCUGGAUCAAGGAGAAUGCAGCUGCCUUUGGUGGAGAUCCAAAUCGGGUGACGAUUUUUGGUCAUAGUGCUGGAGCAACCUCUGUUGGCUUCCAUCUGCUUUCACCCAAAAGUGAGCCUCUUUUUGCCCAAGCUGUGCUUCAGAGUGGAGAGGCCAAUGCUAUCUAUGCUUGGGUAAAUCCUGAGAAGGCCAAGAAUAAAUCCCUUGAACUUAGCCACCUGCUGGGAUGUGGAGAAGGCAAUGAAAAUGAAAUUGUGAGUUGCCUUCAGAAAAAAGAUGCAAUGAAUUUUCCUCAGCAAGAAUCAUCUCUGUUUCAGAAAAAUGGUUUUAUUUUGGAUCUCAUCUUUGCACCAACAACAGAUGGGGAAUUUUUGACUGAUAAUCCUCAGAGACUUCUAGACUCUCAGCAUGUGCAGAUCAAACCAAUUCUGACUGGUGUCACCUCAGAUGAAGCGGCUUCCUUGGUGGCUUAUAUUUUUCCUGGAAACAAUCACAGCAUAAUCACUCAAGAACAAUUUCUAAAAACAUUAAGAAGUACAGUGCGGAACGCAACUGAAGAAGAUAUUCAGGCUGUGGCCCUGAAAUACAGUGAAGAAUAUCAUGGCCCGGCAAAGUUCCGUUCAGCCUUGGUUCAAUCUUUGGGUGAUUAUUUCUUUGUAUGUCCUGCAGCCGAAUUUGCUACCCAGAUGAGAAAAGCUGGGAGUCCUGUGUAUGCUUACCUUUUUACACAUCACACCUCUGGCACUGUUUGGCCUGAGUGGACACAGGCAACCCAUGGAGCCGAACUCAUUUAUCUGUUUGGAAGCUUUGAGGCAGCAUUGGAGGCCAACAAAACACACACAGAAGCAGAGGCAGCGCUUAGUCGCAGGGUGAUGCGAUAUUGGGCAGAGUUUGCCAGAACUGGGAAUCCCACAGGAUCAGAGAAGAAAGAAGUGGAGUGGCUGCCUUACAGUUCUACACAGCAGAACUUCUUCCAUCUUAACACUGAGCCAGCUCAGGUGAUGCCGGUAUCGCCAGCUCGACACUGUGGUCUUUUUAAAACACGUGCUACAAAUCAAAACUGAAGUUACAAUCAAGAAGCAACUGAAAGUAAUUGGAAGAAUGAACCUGUAUAGAGAUUAUACUUUGUUUGGAAAACUCACAAUCUUCAAUAUAGAAAAGAACUGUGUAUGAAAUAAUCCAAAGGGGAACAAUCGAUGCUUAUUUACUUUGUUGGUGUUAUAAAAAUUGAAGUGGUACAGAUACUCAUGUUUGGUUGUACUGUCUUCUGGCAAAACAAUGUUAAAUUAUGACUGUAACUAACUACUAUCAAGACAAUUACAGGCCUGGAUUUUACAGCUGAAACUAAUAAUUUACAAAACAAUUGCAUCAUGCUUGUGUGGUAUCGGCUGAAACACUGAGAUCAAUAUGCAAUCUUAGAGUGGUUAGGGUAACAAUUCAGUGGAAGAAAUAUGUUGUUGUUGUUGUGACUUAUGGUAACCCUAAGAUGACCCUAUUAUGUUAUUUUACAGGGAUGAGUUUGUGUAACUUGUCCUGGUCACCCAUUAAGUUUCCA